CACACACCCCUACCACGACACAAACAGCUGCCACAACAGCAACAGCUAAGCGGCAGCCUCGCCCACCAGACGUACAGAGCUGCCGAUUGCCAUGGCUGCGGAGGAGGCCAAGAAGGUGGAGGUGGAGGCCGCGCCGGAGCCCGAGGUGGCGCCGCCGGCCGUCCCCGCCGCCGAGCCGGAGGCCCCCGCCAAGGACGUCACCGAGGAGAAGGCCGUCGUCCCGGUCGAGGAGGACAAGGCGGCCGUCGAUGACUCCAAGGCGCUCGUCCCUGUCGAGAAGGUUGCAGAUGAACCAGCUGCUGAGAAACCCGCCGAUGAUAAGCCCGCACACGGGGGCUCAAAUGACAGAGAUAUCGCUCUCACAAGGGUGGAAACAGAGAAGAGGAACUCUCUGAUUAAGGCAUGGGAAGAGAAUGAGAAGACAAAGGCUGAGAACAAGGCUGCUAAAAAGGUAUCCGCUAUUCUUUCAUGGGAGAACACCAAGAAAGCAAACAUUGAAGCUCAACUGAAGAAGAUUGAGGAGCAAUUAGAAAAGAAGAAGGCGGAAUACGCAGAGAAGAUGAAGAACAAGGCUGCACUCAUCCACAAGGAAGCUGAAGAGAAGAGAGCGAUGGUUGAGGCAAAGCGUGGCGAGGAGCUCCUCAAAGCAGAGGAGACGGCAGCCAAGUACCGCGCAACUGGCAACUCUCCCAAGAAAGCCAUGGGAUGCUUUGGGGCAUAAACAAAAAAAAAGUUCCCUGGUCACAAAUAGGGCAAGAGUGAAGUGUUCAUCCGUGGUUGCUUGCUUCCCUUUUCUUUCACCCAUCCAAGUGUGUAGUGUGCCUUGUGUGUAAAGUCUUCUGUUGCUGUAUAUACACAUUGCUUCCCAAGACAGGUUUCUGGUGGUGUACAUCUUUGAUGCUUGACAAGCAAACAUUCUUAUGUGUAGUUAAGAAGUCGCAUUGUUACUAUUGUUGACAUUUAAGCCGUCUUUUUGAUCUCA